GUCUCGCCUUGCUUCACCAUAGCUGCCCGCCCGCUUCCGCCGCGUUCUCUCUCCUUGCAGCAUCUGCCUCGGCAUCCUUGGCCCCACCGCACUCCUCCUGUCCCUUCUGCGAGCGAAGGCGUGUCUCUCAACUCCCACCCGGCAACACCACCAACACAGCAACAGCAAUGGCCGAACUCGCAGUCUACGACAACGACCCCACGCUCUACCUCUUCACCUCGCUCACCGCGGGCUCCUCGCACAUCAUCACCGCGACCUCGCGUAUCGAGACAAUCCUCAAGGCGAACAAAAUACCCUUCAAGGGCGUGGACACGGCGACGGAUGAGCUCGCGAAGAAGCUGUUCCAGCGGCGCGCGCGGGGAAAGAAGCUGCCGCUGCUCGUGAAGGAGGGGUUCGUCAUUGCGGACCUCGACCAAGUCGAAGAAUGGAAUGAAUACGACGAGCUUAAAGAAGCCCUCGGUGCACCCGCCGUUCCCGCGCCCGCCGUCGCCGUGCCCCUCGCCGCAAGCAAGACACCUUCCGCACCAGCUGCGUCGGCCGCCGUAGGCUCCGCGCCAGGGAAGGAGAACACACCCAAACAGACCCCAGAGCAGAACCUCGCGAUCCGCCAGCUGGGCGCCGAAGCCGCCUCCAUCGCCGCAGCGAAGAAACACGUCCCCGCCAAGAUCUCCACCACGAACCCGUUGCUCACUGCUAAGGCGUCAGCAUCCUCCACUCCCACCUCCGCCACUACCCCGAGUAAACCUGCGGUCGCGUCGCCGAGUGCGAUUCUCAGCCCGAGGAGUAUACCGCUGCCGAGCACGCCGGCAAAUGUGGGCAAGGCCCAGGGGGAGGUGGUGAGCGAGUUUCACGGCAGGAGGGUGCAGAGUCCCGGGGCCGAGGAGAUCAAGAUGGUGGAGGAGCAGACGGCGAUCAAGGAGGUGAGUAGUAGUGAGGAGGAGGAUUCUGAAGAGGAGGAUGAGGAGGACUCUGAAGAAGACUCUGAAGAAGAAGAAGAAGAAGACGACGACGAAGAGGAAGAAGAAGAGGAGACGGCGCAACCUGCCAAGAUACCUGCAAAGGCAGACGCGAAAGACGCCGCGAACGAGGCCCCAAAGCCAGAUGCAGCAGCGGGCGUGAAGAAGGAGGCGCCGACGCAAGCGCAGCCCGCAAAAGCCGCCGACAAGGCUGGCGUAAGCGUCGAGGACUGAGCCCUUCUCUCCAGCCGCGCUCGUUUCUUCUCCCCCAUCGCCAGACGAAGCAUUUCUUGGGAUACCACUUUCCGCGGCGCAAGAUGCGUGUACAGCUGCGUCACUCAGUCAGUUGGUUGGAGUUGUCGUAGCGUUGGCACCAAGCGCAUUCCACUUCCCCGCGUGUCGGUCUGUGUCAUCUGCCGUGACUGUAUUGCGUGACUGUAUUGUCUGACGGUACAUGGCCAAGGCGAAUGGGCAUUGUGCAUCACCAUGUGUCGCAACAGGCCUCGGAAUGACGUGACAGAACGCUAGCUAUUUGCUGUGCUCUGCUGUGCUGAGUCGCCGCCAACGCCGACGCUAUGCAAAACCAUGGCAACCACAGCGUCCUUACCCAGGCUGUGUCUGCGCCGCUGCCGUACUCGAAACGUCGCAACCCUGCUAGAUAAGGUGCAGUAUAUACGUAGCGUUCCCGCGUAGAAUUCAACAC